AUGUCCGCCGCUACCGUGCCCGUCCCGGCGCAGCCGCAGAAGCUGGAGAGGAAGCCUAUCAAGUUCUCUAACCUGCUUCUCGGUGCUGGCCUCAACCUGUUCGAGGUCACCACCCUCGGCCAGCCCCUGGAGGUCAUCAAGACCACCAUGGCCGCCAAUCGUGGUGACGGGUUCGCGACCGCCUUAGGCCGUAUCUGGAGUCGUGGUGGUGUCCUGGGUUUCUACCAGGGUCUGAUUCCGUGGGCCUGGAUCGAGGCUUCGACCAAGGGCGCAGUGCUGCUAUUCGUUGCCUCUGAGGCCGAGUACUAUGCGCGUAGUGUGGGCGCCAGCGAGUUCGGCGGCGGCGUCAUCGGUGGAGUGGUGGGCGGUGUGUCGCAGGCAUACACGACCAUGGGCUUCUGUACUUGCAUGAAGACAGUCGAAAUUACUAAGCACAAGAUGACUGCGUCAGGGCAGAAGGCCCCUAGUAUUUGGGUCACUUUUACAGAUAUCUUCCGAUCUGAGGGUAUCCGCGGUAUCAAUAAGGGUGUCCAUGCCGUUGCCAUCCGCCAAAUGACCAACUGGGGAACGCGCUUCGGUCUCAGCCGCCUUGCAGAGCAGGGUAUCCGUAAGGUUACUAACAAGGAUAACGGCGAGAAGUUGAGCGCCUUGGAGAAAAUCACGGCCUCGGCUUUGGGCGGCGGCCUAUCGGCCUGGAACCAGCCGAUUGAGGUCAUCCGUGUCGAGAUGCAGAGCAAGAAGGAAGACCCCAACCGUCCUAAGAAGAUGACGGUGGGCAACACCUUUAAGUACAUCUACCAUACUAAUGGCCUUAAGGGUCUUUACCGCGGUGUUACCCCGCGUAUCGGCCUUAGUAUGUGGCAGACGGUCUGUAUGGUUGCUAUGGGUGAUAUGGCCAAGACGUAUAUUGAAAAGCUAACCGGCGAGACGGUCACGGCAAAGCAUUGA